GACCAACAAAGCCUUUAACUUUACUGCCAGUCCUUCCCAGCCCCAGUAUUUUCUGUACAAGUUUCCUCAGGAUGUCGAUUCAGUCGUUAUUAAAGUGGUGUCUGAUGCAGUCUACCCAUGCUCGGUUGUCUCUGUCCAGGAUAUUGUGUGCCCAGUGUAUGACCUGGACCAUAAUGUAGAGUUCAACGGUGUUUACCAGUCUAUGACAAAGCAGGCAGCCAUAACGGUGCAGAGAAAGGACUUCCUGGGUGAGCAGUUCUUUGUUGUGUUUGUCAUCAAGCCAGAGGAUUACGCCUGUGGGGGUUCUGUGCCUUCCUCCAUUCAUGGGAAUGUCAACCGCACCUGGAACCUGCAGCGGACAAAGAACCUUCAAGUGACAAUUGUGCCCUCUAUUAAAAAGUCUGUUUAUGUCCAGGCCAUGUUCUUCAGCUUCCUGAGUUUCCUCUCCUUUUACUUGGGCUCAGUGGUGGUUGCUUUUGUGCACUAUAUCAGGGUUCGGAGGAAGGCUUCAGCUGGGAGAUUGAGUCCUGAGGAUGGAUCUGGGAUUAUGACGUCUUCGCACCCCAUCACAGCCAGCACCCCGGAGGGAAGCAGCUAUGGUGCUAUCGACGAGUCAAGCUCCAGUGGUGGACAUCAGUUGUCUUCCCCUGAGCGCAGGCCACCAGCUGGUUCUGACACAGACAGCUCUGUGGAGGAGGAGAGUGACUUUGACACCAUGCCAGAAAUUGAAAGUGAUAAGAACGUCAUCCGCACUAAGGUGUUCCUCUAUCUAUCAGACUUGUCCAGGAAGGACCGGAGGAUUGUCAGCAAAAAAUACAAAAUCUAUUUCUGGAACAUUAUCACCAUUGCAGUGUUUUAUGCCCUGCCGGUCAUCCAGCUCGUCAUCACUUACCAGACGGUAGUGAAUGUGACAGGCAAUCAAGACAUCUGCUACUACAACUUUUUGUGUGCUCAUCCCCUUGGAGUGCUGAGUGCCUUCAAUAACAUCCUCAGCAAUGUGGGCCACAUGCUGCUGGGCUUUCUCUUUCUCCUCAUUGUGUUGCGAAGGGACAUUCUCCACCGUCGGGCCAUGGAGAUGAAAGAUGUCUAUACCCUGGACUAUGGGAUCCCAAAGCAUUUUGGUCUCUUUUAUGCUAUGGGCAUUGCUCUGAUGAUGGAAGGGGUGCUCAGUGCAUGUUACCAUGUCUGCCCUAAUUACUCCAAUUUCCAGUUUGACACUUCCUUCAUGUACAUGAUUGCAGGACUCUGCAUGCUCAAGCUCUACCAGACCCGCCACCCAGACAUCAAUGCCAGCGCCUAUUCUGCCUAUGCCUCAUUUGCUGUGGUCAUCUCUCUGGCUGUCCUUGGAGUGGUGUUUGGGAAAAAUGACAUGUGGUUUUGGGUCAUUUUCUCAAUGAUCCAUGUUUUGGCCUCGCUGGCUCUCAGCACCCAGAUCUACUACAUGGGACGCUUUAAGAUCGACUUGGGGAUAUUUCGACGGGCAGCGAUGGUGCUGUAUACGGACUGUAUCCAGCAGUGCAGUCGACCAAUGUACAUGGACAGGAUGGUGCUGCUCAUUGUUGGGAACCUGGUCAACUGGUCCUUUGCUAUCUUUGGGCUGGUGUAUCGGCCCAGAGACUUUGCCUCCUACAUACUGGGGAUCUUUAUCUGUAACCUGUUACUGUAUCUGGCUUUCUACAUCAUCAUGAAGCUUCGCAGCUCUGAGAAGCUCCUGCCCAUCCCCCUGUUCUGCAUCGUGGCCACAGCAGUGGUGUGGGCAGCUGCCCUCUACUUCUUCUUCCAGACCCUCAGCAGCUGGGAGGAGACUCCAGCAGAGUCCCGGGAAAAGAACCGGCCGUGCAUCCUGCUGGGCUUCUUCGAUGACCAUGAUGUCUGGCACUUCCUCUCUGCGGCUGCCUUAUUCUUCUCCUUUCUGGUCCUGCUGACCCUGGAUGAUGACCUGGACACAGUGCGCAGGGACAAGAUCCCGGUGUUCUGA